GUCUGAUGAACCAUCAGAUUUCACAGGUCCGGGAGGACAUCCGAUCCCUUCGGGUCUCCAUCUCGGAUCUCUCCAGAACCAAGGCAGGCCGAGGACCUCGGCUUCGAGUGGUCGAAAAACCCGCCGGUGGUUGGUUGGAGGAGGUCAGAAGCCAUGGUUGUUGAGUGGUCAGGGAAUCGAAGCGGUCCUUUUGAUGUCCAACCAGGAGGCUUGAUCGUGUCAUGGUGUUGCUAGGGCUCAAGUUUGUGUUUGCCAGGGUCCGUCGCACACGCAAACAAACCAGUGCGAUGGAAGUCAUUGUGAUUGUGGAUCCGGUCAGCACGGGAGCUCGGAUGGCAGAAGUUGCAUCGUCUCGUGGUUUUCGGGUGGUCUCUCUGUGGAGUAAAGAAUGCACACCACAGAUUCGGGGAGCCCUGGCAGGGAUUCGUGAUGGCUACGAAGCAGUGGAAGAGCAAGCUUCCAUUGCAGCGACCGUCGAGGCCAUCCAAGAUCAGCUGCGUCGCACUAGCAGCUCUGCCACAGUGAGCGCUUGCAUCCCCGGAAUGGAAACAGGGGUCAAGUUAGCCGACCUCAUUUCUCUCCACUUGGGGCUUCUGCCCCAUGGCUCGGGGAACGCAGCCUUUGCGGGCGGCGACCGUCGGAACAAACACGUGCAGCAGAAGGCACUGGAGAAGUCUGGGCUAAGGGCGGUUCGUGAAGUGUGUGGCUCCAAGUGGCAGGAUGUGAAGGAUUUCUUGGGGGAUCUAGGGCUUCCAAUGGUGGUGAAACCAGUGCAGUCCGGUGGCACUGACGGAGUAAAGCUUUGCCAGUCACUGGAGGAAGCAGAGGAACACUUUAGUCACCUGAACGCCACGAAAAGGAGAGUGGACUCCCCUGACACUGCGAUUUUGUGUCAGGAAUUUCUUGCUGGUCAGGAGUAUGCUGUAGACCACGUCUCAAGAAACGGAGUGCACAAGACUGUGAUGACUUGGGUCUACGAGAAGAAAGCUUUGAAUGGCAGUACUUUCGUCUAUUUGGCCGCGCGACCCCUCGAGACGAAGGAGUGUCCGCCGGAGAUGAUCUCAUAUACUCGUGCAGUGCUCGAUGCAUUGCAGGUUCGCAAUGGCGCAACUCAUGCCGAGGUCAAGAUGACUCCUGAUGGUCCUUGUCUCGUAGAAGUGAACAUGCGCAUGAUGGGUGCCCACGGCGCAUUCAUUCCUUUGGCACGAUUGCUCACAGGCACCUCGCAGGUAGAUGCAACUCUUGACUCCCUGAGUCAAGAGCGUUUUGACGCACUCCCUGAUAUUCCCAGAGCCUUCGGCACUUCAGGUGUGAUGGUAUCAUUGGUGUCCUACUCCGCGGGCACAGUGACAAGCACACCGGGCUAUGAGAGGAUGAAGAAGCUGGCUACAUUUCUGGAAUUGAACUCUUCCAUUUCAUGUGGAUCUGCAGUUGCCGUGACAGUGGACGCUUUUACGAUUUCUGGCCAUUUGCUGCUGGCGGGCUCAAAUGACCAGAUCCGGGCAGAUGUUGCGGAGGUGCGACGUCUGGAGGAGGAAGGUCUUUUCUGCUUCGCUGAUGAGGCAAAAUGUUUUUCCUUUGGGGGGGGCGUAGCUGCCUAGCCUAGCGAGGGGUGCUUGAAUCUGGCAUUGGACUUGGCUCAUUAAUUCAUAUGCAUGUUCAGAGGCUCAUGCGGACAUGUGGCAUGUACAGCUCGUGCGCCGAGACCUCUUUUCCAUUGCGCUCAGUCUUAGCCGCUGCCUCUGGCUAGCUGUCAAUGCAAUCAUCUUGUUAUGUCUUGGACUUUCACCUUUCAACCCGCGCCUUCACACAAAAAAGGCGGUCGGGAAUUUGCCACUUGUGGGAACCGAGAGAUGGAAGCUGAACUGGAGACUAUAGAAGUGAACUGGAAAUUCACAAGAGAUUGAGUUCUCCUUGCCUCUUUCUCAUGUGGUACUAGAUGGGACCCCGGUCAGAGACAACUUGUGGUCUGCUCCCUUGGUCUUUCACCCUGGGAGUCCAGUGGACGAUUCUUGUGACCCUCCAAGGAACUCGCUGUAGUGGGACAGAAUCAUACAGGACACCCGGGAUCGGAUCACAUGGAACAUGGAUGGGUCCAUUUUUACUUCUUUUUUU